CACACACACGCACAGAGAGAGAGAGAGAGGGAGAGAGAGAGAGAGGGGAGCUGUACCUUGCGCUGCGGGAUGAGGCUGGUGGCUCUGGUUGCGGUGUGCGGGCUGAUCGUUGGUCAGGAUGGAGGGAGUGUGGGAGCAGCUCUGCCAGGAUUUGACUCAGUACAAAGGACGCGAGCAACAGGGUCGGUCCUCUCGGCGCCCGGCAGAAGAACCGCGGGAGACUUCCCGGCGGAGGACGCCGGCCUGUGUUUCGCCCUGAGAGAGAAUGAAGACCAGCGGCAGCUCCUGUGCACCGACCGCCGGAGCAAAUUCAACUUCAACCCGUUCGGCCUUCGCUUCGGGAAACGCUACGGCGGCUACGUUUACAGAAGGGCCGUCCAAAGAGCCGGGACCAAUAAGUUUCCCCCCCUUUCUCUUUUCCCGCGAGAACUGGAGGUGCCCAGCUGAAAGAGACGGGUCUCUCCCUUCGGGUUUAAUAAGGCCUUUAACUUCAGAUAACAUGAU